GAGAGAAAAGGUGGGGGAGGAAGGGCAAGAAAAAGGGGAGAGAGGCGAGGCGGGGGGGCUCUUCUCCUUGGCUCCAGGAAAAGCAGCUUCUCAACCCCCCCCCACCCCCAUUGCCCAGGAGAAGAAAACCAGCCCUUGCUGGGCAGCCACCCUUUGCCCCUGCUUUGUGCCUGCCUCUGCCCCUCUUUUGGGCUUUUUAAAAAAAUAUAUUUGAUCCCCCAUUAAACCAAGGAGGAGAAUGUGAAAAGGGGGGAAAAUGCCCAGGAGGAAGCAGGAGCAACCCAAGCGCCUCUCUUCACAUGGUACCCGGCAGGAAGAAGCUGAAGGUGAGCUUAGUGAGGAAGAUCACUGGUUUGGAAACUCUUCAGAAACCCCAUCAGAAGCAUCCUAUGGAGAAGUCCAGGAGAACUUCAAAUUAUCCUUUGAGGAUAGGAUCCAAGAACAGUCCACAUCUCCAGACACUUCCCUGGGGAGUGCAACUCCUAGCAGCAACACCCUGGAGCUAGCAGCUGUUGAGAAUGAGGCUCUGAGGGACGUGUUACAGAAUAAAGAACACCUUUCCCCCGGUGUGUCUUCCGCAUGUGAAGAUGACACUCCUGGCCCAAAUAAGCCACUGAGUAGUAACCUGAGACGUCUGCUGGAGGCUGGUUCUCUCAAGCUAGACACUAGUGUUGCAGUUAACGGCAGGGUUGAGUCCCCUGUAAAUCUUGGCUCAAACAUCUCCUUUUCUCCACCUACGCAUCAUGCUCAGCAGCUAAGUGUCCUUGCUAGAAAGCUGGCUGAAAAACAGGAACAUAAUGACCAAUAUGGCACCAACAACCGGUUUAUAUGGAAUCAAGGCAAGUGGCUGCCCAACUCGGCGCCAUCUUGCGGUUUGUCUCCGGACUCAGCCAUCCUAAAGUUGAAAGCAGCUGCCAAUGCAGUCCUUCAGGACAAGUCGCUUUCUCGAACUGAAGAUCCUAUCAGGUUUGAAACCUUUUCUUCGCCAUUUAGUUCCCAGUCUGCAAGCUCCACCUUAGCCGCACUAUCAAAGAAAGUCAGCGAGAGAAGCAUGACUCCUGGUCAGGACCACCCACCGCCAGCUAGCUCUUUUCUUUCUCUCGCCUCAAUGACUUCUUCAGCAGCCCUUCUCAAGGAGGUCGCUGCAAGAGCUGCAGGCAGUCUUUUGGCUGAGAAGAAAAAGUCACUGGUUGCAGAAGAUCCCCUGCAGCUUUCGGAUAUGAAGCAAGAGAAAGUAACUCCACCGCAGUCUUUGGAAUUAUUGUUACUCCCAGCCCCUAAAGGAAGAAGUUCUAAAACCUCUAAUCCAGCCUCUGAAGAAGAAGGUGGGAAACCUUUCCAGUGUCCAAUCUGUGGCCUAGUGAUAAAAAGGAAGAGCUACUGGAAGCGACACAUGGUUAUACAUACAGGCUUAAAAAGCCAUCAAUGCCCUUUGUGUCCAUUUCGCUGUGCACGCAAGGACAAUCUAAAAUCGCACAUGAAGGUUCACCAACAUCAAGACCGGGGAGAGACAUUUCAGUGCCAGCUAUGCCCAUUUACCUCCUCUCGCCACUUCAGCCUCAAACUCCACAUGCGCUGCCACCAGCACUUCCUGAGGACAGAAGCCAAAGUGAAGGAAGAGAUCCCAGAAAUGGAUAUCAAGGGGUCGCCAUUGCUAAGUGACAACUCCAGAAUGGGGCAGCAGAUGGAUGGGGCAACAGACCACGCAGGGACUGCGGCCGCCUCUAAAACUCCUGAGGUGGCUGGAUCUACUGUCCCACCUCUGCUAAUUAAAGAAGAGCCCAAAGAUGACAGGAGCACCUCCACCCCAACCUUCGCUCUCAGUGUUGUUGACAGAAUCACCAACAACACAAAGCUAAAAGACUCCAUUGACUUUGUGACCAAUACAGCGUCGGCACUUUUCAGCCAGGACAUCUCUGUCAAGAUGGCAUCAGAUUUUCUCAUGAAGCUCUCAGCUGCAAAUCAAAAAGAACCCUUGCCUCCUACAUUUAAAGUGAAAGAUGAACCGAAAGAUGAGGAAAAUGCAAGUUCCACUUUUCCUAAAUCUACUUACGUUUUUAGUCCUGAGCCUGAAACGUCUGCCCCAAGCCUUCCCGAGGAGAAUCCCAAGCCACAAGAAGUGCCGGCGAAUGUAUUACAGCAGGACAUGUCUGUCAAAGCAGCAUCCGAACUUCUUAUGAAGCUAUCAGCAGAAAGUUGCAAGGAAUCUCAAAUAAUAAAGAUCAAAGAAGAGCCCAUGGAAGUUGAUAUUCAUGAUUCCCAAGCCUCAGUUUCACCUAGCCAAAACAUCAGUUAUAGCACUUUACUCAGGCAAGAGAUAACUGAACACAUACAAAAGAUACCAGAAGGGCGAGUGCUUCCUGAGAGAAACCUCUUCAGCCAAGAUAUAUCAGUGAAGAUGGCUUCAGAGCUACUUUUUCAGUUGUCAGAAAAAGUGAGCAAAGAGCACAAUCACUCUAAGGAUAACACCAUCACAACUACAACUAGCCCUUUUUUCCCUGAAGAUACAUUUAGACAAUCACCAUUCACUUCCAACUCAAAAGAUCUCCUGUCUAAUGAGACUGCUGUUCAUGGAAGGACAACAGUACCAGAAGCAGAGAAGAUAGGGCUGGAGGCUGGAAAUGGGUUACCAUCUUGGAAAUUUAAUGACCAGCUCUUUCCCUGUGAUGUGUGUGGAAAAGUGUUUGGCCGACAGCAGACGUUGUCCCGACAUCUCUCCCUGCACACAGAAGAGAGAAAAUACAAAUGCCAUUUGUGCCCAUAUGCUGCUAAGUGCCGUGCUAACCUGAACCAGCACCUGACUGUCCAUUCCGUGAAGCUGGUGAGUACAGACACUGAGGACAUUGUCAGCGCUGUCACUUCCGAAGGCAGUGAUGGAAAGAAGCACCCUUAUUACUACAGUUGUCAUGUGUGUGGAUUUGAAACCGAGAUGAAUGUCCAGUUUGUCAGUCAUAUGUCGCUUCAUGUGGAUAAAGAACAGUGGAUGUUUUCUAUUUGCUGCACAGCCUGUGACUUUGUUACCAUGGAGGAGUCAGAUAUGAAGGCUCAUGUCGCCACCAAGCAUGCAGGUGAAGAGAGGAAGACUCCAAGCGACUCAAACAGCCCUUCGUCUUCUUCCCUGUCAGCACUUAGCGAUUCUGCCAACAGCAAAGAAGAUGCAGAGACCAGCCCCAAGCCCAAGGCUUCAAACAACCUGCUAGUUAUUUCCGUAGUGCCUGGUAGUCAGACCUUAUUGAACACGGAAGAAAAAUCAGAGAAAGGUUUUGAAUGUGUUUUCUGUAACUUUGUCUGCAAAACAAAAAACAUGUUUGAGCGCCAUUUGCAAAUCCACCUGAUUACACGGAUGUUUGAAUGUGAUGUGUGCCACAAGUUCAUGAAGACUCCUGAGCAGUUACUGGAGCACAAGAAAUGCCACACUGUCCCCACCGGUGGGCUCAAGUGCCCAUUCUGCAUUUACUCCACCAACCGCCCCGCAGCGAUGGAAUGCCAUUUGAAGACCCACUACAAAAUGGAAUACAAGUGCCGGAUCUGCCAGGCAGUGAAAGCCAAUCAGCUGGAGCUGGAAAUGCACAUCCGGGAGCAUCGCCUUGGCAACCAUUACAAGUGUGACCAGUGUGGCUACCUUUCCAAGACGGCCAACAAGCUGAUAGAGCAUGUGCGCGUACACACUGGGGAGCGCCCUUUCCACUGUGACCAGUGCAGCUACAGCUGCAAACGCAAAGACAAUCUCAACCUGCACAAGAAGCUCAAGCACGCUCCCCGCCAGACUUUCAGCUGCGAAGAGUGCCUCUUCAAGACCACCCACCCUUUUGUCUUCAGCCGCCAUGUGAAGAAGCACCAAAACGGGGACUGCUCCGAAGAGGAGAAGAAGGGCCAAGGGGCAACCUCCAAGGAAGCCGGCCCUUUCCUAGCUGCCAACAGCCCCCGGAGCCUCUUGUCGCCUCUCUCGGUGAUGUCUGCCUCCCAGGCACUGCAGACAGUGGCCAUGUCAGCUGCUCACGGCGGCGGGGCAGAGCCAAACCUGGCACUUAAGGCCUUGGCCAUCAACGGCACUUCCCUGUGCUUUGACAAGUACCGGAACUCUGAGUUUGCCCACCUCAUUCCCUUAACCAUGUUUUUCCCCAAGAACCACUUUGAGAUCACAUUCCAUGCGCCCAGGCCACAGACUGUACGGCCGGACGACACUUCGCCGAAGCACUCCUUCCUUGCCUACCUUGGACUAACAGAAAGGGCAGAUACUGUCUGAGGGCAGCCAUGUACUGUACCAAAAAAAUAAUACUCUCCGCCACCCCACCCCCACCCCCCAACAGACACCCAACAGGUAUAUGCAUUGCUGCAAACCAUACACCCAAGAGGUAUGGCUGGCUGAACAUUUGUACUAUAGAUCAUUAGUAGUAAGGUAUAGGAAAAAAAUGGCUCUGUGUGUCUCCUUAAAUGCAUUGACAUGAAGGCUGCUUUAUUAAAACUCUUCAGAGAAGUGACCUCCCGCAUACCUUCAGAGGCAUGUUCCCAGUACUCUUAUCUAAGAAACUAUUUUGUCUUGUUUAAGCUGAACAAGAGCGUCCUUAAAGGCAAUCAGCACUUGCUUAAGGUUACAUAUUGAUGCAUUUUCCUUUUGAGAUGGUGAGUGUGAGCGUGUCUGAAGGGAGAGUCAGUGUGCCAUGACAUUGCUUUUGCACAUCCUUUUGUACUGGCUUAUUUAAUAUGAACACAUGAAGCUGCCUUAUAUACUGAGUCGGAUCAGUGCUCCACCUAGCCCAGUAGCGUCCACUCUGACAGGCAGCCGUUCUCCGGGGUCUCAGUCAGGGGUCCUUCCCAGCCCACCUGUUCUCUGGGAUUAUUUAACUGGAGAUGCUGAAGAUUGAACCUGGGACAUUUAUACAUGCAACGCAUGUGCUCUGCCACUGAGCUGCAGCCCCCUCCUCUUGUGAUGAUUAUUGCAGCUCUCCAGUCUCACCGCCUUGCCUGCCUAGCUUUAUUUUACAGUUACUGGAAUGCGGAUACAGCAAUGCUAGGUUCGAGAAGAACUGGCAUGCCAGUCAGCACUACUUGGGAUUUGCUUAGUAUACUAUAGUGCUUGCUUUGGCCUCAGAUCUGAGAGUUCAAGGAUGAACUAGAGGAGCAGGAAUUGCUUCUAGCUCUGCAAGGUUAAGGCUGUUUGACAUGUUACAUUUCCCCCAGCUGGCAGUAAUAAUAUCUGUGUAGGCAAAUGCAUGGGCACUGUAGUGUUGGACAUGUAAUAUGGUUUUACUCGGUGUACAUGGACUGGGUAGACACUGUGCAUACAGGCUGCCUCUUCCCUGCCCCCCCCCCCCCAAGCACUCCUACCACCCUUGAAAUGUUACAGUGAACAUGCAUAUUCCACAACAGAGAUGAGGUUUUUUUUCCUUCCUAGAGAUAAUGUAUGAAGUGGCCCUGAACACACGAGUGAACAGACACUUGGUGCAGAUCAGGGAGGUGGAAUCUGCAACCCUCCAUCUGUUGUUAGACUUGUCUCCUAUUGGCCUCCAGCACAUAGCUGUCAAGUUCUCCCCUUUUUAAAGGGAAAUUUCCUUAUACUGAAUAGGCUUCCUCGCGAGAAAAGGGAAAACUUGAUAGUUAUGCUCCAGCAAACAUGGCCAGGGAUGAUGGGAGUUGUAGUCCAGCAACCUCUGGAGAGCCCAAGGUUCCCAUUCCUGGUGCAGACAGACCUGUAAACAGCAAGUGCAAUUCAUACACGCACAAGGUCAGAUUCUUCUGUAACUCAGGGCCACUUCUUACAAUAAGUUUUGUAUUUGAGUACAGCUAUCCAAGUAUCAGUUUUAAAUGGGCCACAUGUAUUGCAUUUAAAUCACUGCUUUUCUUUGUAAAAUAACUGGAGUCAGGAAUCUGAUCAUUUCCCCAUCAUGUUUGUGUCUCGUUCGCUGAGAAGAGAUGUGAUUUAAACACACGUGCACCAUUCAAAACUGAUGCAAGGUCAAUACAAAAAAAGUAUCUCAUACCAAGAAGCCCUCUUGAUCAUAGAUCAAACAUACACAUUCUCAGUAUGUAUUAAUGCAGUGAUUACCUUGGUUUGCAAAGACAAGAGUGUACAUUCUACAGAGAUUAAAUCCAGGAAUAGGGAUUUUUAAAAGGAAGGGUUUGCUAUAUUCUGGGUAUAAAUGCUCAGACUAAAUAAAGGCAGGUUUUGCACAGUGCUUGAGUCUUGCACUAGUAUGUUUCUCACUUGCAAAAAAAGGUAAGAAAAAAGUGUAGAAGAUUUAAAGAAAAUCUUUUGUCGACUGAAGAAUUAUCAGAUUGUAUAUUUGAAAAGUUAAUGGCGGAGUCUUAUCAACAUAAGAAUGGUGCUUUUUAAUCAUAUUAUUCUGUUCUAUAUCCCCAACUGUUCAGCUAUAUUUUCAGAUUUUGUGUCCCUAUAAACAUUACCCUUCAUGUUAUUUGUAUUCCUUUGUAUUAUUUUGUUAAUGCCUACUUAAGUAUACUCUUCUAGGAAGCUAACUUUAUAUUUUCUUAAAGCUCUUACUUUGUGGUCAUUAAAAUGACAUAAAUAUUGCACUUUAUUGCAGUAAGAAGCAAAUGUUGCAUUCCUAAUACAAAAUCGAAGUCAAUUGUUAACUUUUCCCAAGAUUUAACUUUUCUCUCGCCCAUGCACUGACAUUUAUUACGUAUCAUUAUCACAGUUUCCUCCACUGAACAUGUACGUGACAAUAAGUCCAGAUCUCUCUACAUGCUCAAAGACCAGAAACUGUAUACAUUGGAUGACAAAGAGGAAAGGAACCUAAAUAUUAGCAAGCUAUAAUACUAAUGUAAAGUAACUACAAUCAAAAUAAUGAGAGUCUGCACAUGAGUUUAAACAGCAAGUGGCCUCCCCUAAUUCAGCUACUAUGGUAAAGUAAGUCAUUAUACUGUAUUAGUUGUUCCUGACACAUGUUGAGCCCUGUUUAUUGCACUUAACUCUGCUAAAACUACUCUUUGUCAAAAACAAAAACAAAGGAUGAAUCCCAAACAAAUGUUUUCAAAUAAGGUCAGUGUCAGUACAGUGUCAUGAAUUGUGGCAUUCCAUCCUAAGAUGAUGUGGUGACUUUUGGUAGUCGCUGUUAUGCUGUCACUUGAUAGGUGGUACAAGGUACACCAGCACCAUGCAAAUCUUAGAAAUCAGGUUGGCGCACGCACGCACACACACACACACACACACACACAAAUGGUUUGAUUUCCCAUCAUUCUGAGCAAUUUUUUGUAGGUUUGGAGACUACCCAUUUCUGAUGUAACCAUUUAUUUAACUGCAGUCCUGCCACUGGAUUGAAUGGGCUCCAUUAUUUCCUCUGCUAGGAAUUUUAAGAGAAGUUGUGAUGCUGAAGCAGGACUUACUUGCUAGUCAAUAAUUUGUAAUUAAGAAUGGGGUAAAUGAAUAAGCAGUUGCUGCAGUUAACUAACUAAAUAUACCCAAUACAGUUCUGGUCAGAUUUGUCCAAACUGUCAAGUAGUGAGCCUUUUUUUAAAAGGCGGGGUAAUUGGGAGAGAGACCAAGCAGUUUGUCAGCUGGAACACAAGAAUAGGAAUGUUAAAGGAAUAUUUUCUGUAAUCCAAAUGGUGCAAUAUAACAUAGGAACUUCAAUGAAUGAAAGUAUUACAAUGCUCUAAGCAACUGAAUGCCUUGGGUUUAACCAUUUCCUUUUUGUAUUUGUCUGUCAUAGUGAUGCUUAAUGUAAUUGGGCAGCUUUAUUUAGCACUUUGAAACACUGAAUUAUUUCUGGAAAGUUAGUUAUACAUGAUUUCCAAAUAAGAGAGAGAGAGAGAUGCAUCAGGAAGUGU